AUGUUCGUUGCCCGCGAUCAGGAGAACCUGGUGGCCCGUCACCAGACGGGUGCCGUCUUGAAGCAGCAGCAGAACAGCCAGCUCGGCUCCCGAUACCCCAAGACGCCCAUCAAGAUCCCUCUCAACGAUGAGAACGCCGGCCACAUGAAGGGCGGUGCUAAGAGCAUCCUCGGCAACCGGACCAGAGGCAACGAAAAUGCAACAACUUCCAAGGGCCUCAAGGGCGUCGACAAGUCCAACUUUGUGACCCCCAUGGAACCGCGCGUUCGCGCAGCCCUGGGGGACAAGACCACAAACGCCAAGGCCAAGGGCCAGCAGACUGUCAACGUUAAGAGCGCUGUCAGAGAGCUCGAGAAGACCCAAGCAAAAGCACCCAACACCAACCGGCCCAAGCAGAAGCAGCCUCAAGCCGAGACGCAGAAGUUGCAAAUUCAUGCGGAGGCAUUGGACCCUCUGAGUGAAGAGGAACCCGAAUACUGCCCACCCAGACCCAAGGACCUGCCAUACGAAUCCGACGUCUUCCCUGAUGGGGUCUUGACAUUUGAUGCGCUGAAGCCCGAGAACAUGUUCAGGGGCUUCCACCAGUUCUACUUCAACCCCGUGGAUGAGGAUGGUGUAUCCAAGCAGGACAAGGAGCUGCAACAGAGGAUCCAGAAAGCAAUGGAGGAGGGCGAACGACAGAUCCAGGAGGACAUGGACAGCUUCGAGUGGGGUUCCCUUCAGCGAGAGUUGGACGCACCCAAGACUACCCAGGUUACAGCGCCUGCUGCAGAACCCGUCAAGGCCAGGAGCAUCCGUCCAACCCAGACCAUGCGCAAGCCCCUGGGCUCAGUUACCUCCAGGACCGCUGCAUCAGCGCUCGCCAUGAACGAUGCGACCAAAUCGAUGCAGCGAAAGUCUGCCAAGGCUGUCCCGGCUCCCAUCUCCCGGACAAAGGCCACCUCGUUCGCCAUUCCAGUUUUCAAGCCGAGGCCAGCAGUGCCGCAGUCCACGGCCGUGAAGAGAACGCCCAUGGCGAACAUCGAGGCCAACUCCCGCACCACGCUGGGCUACAACAAGGGCCGAGCCGCCGCCUCGGUGCUUGCAAGAAAGACCACAACCACGAGGCCGGCCGCCAAGCCGAGCCAGACGCUCUACAAGCCCAAGGCCAGCGGGCUGCCGCGUUCAGAGACAACUUCGUCCACCGAUUCGGACAAGACCAUCACUCCGGCUCGCUUCGCCAGCAAAAACGUCUUCGCCGAAGCUGAGGACCAGGAGUGGAAAGAGCGAGUUCCCUUCCUGUCCAUCUUCAAUCCCGAGGAUGACGACGGCUGCGACCUGGCCGGCGGCCCUCUGCCUGACCUCGAGGAUGAUGAUGAUUUCGAGCUGCAAGUACCUGAGUAG